CUAAGGCGGUUGUCCGAACCGCCCACAACCUCCUUGUCACGACGCCACUGCUCGGCCUCGGAAACCCGGGCCACUGCUUCACUGAGGCUUACGGAUGGCGGGGAACUGCACGUCACUGUGGGUUUAAAAUACGCUUGAAGUGAUUACACUCAAGAAAUAGAAACCACUGUGUGACACACAGUUAUUACCAAGAUUUUGCAGGGAGCUGGGAUCUGUAGAGGCACUCACCUAAGGGGAUGUCUCAGUCACCUCGUCCUAGUCCUGGCCCUAAUUUUGCCUUCCCUGAACAAUGUUAUUCUUGCUUCUUUACCUCUCCUAUUUCUAUUUUACAUCUCAUCAACUGCUUCUCUUGCCUCCCGUCUUCGUGAUUGUCAUUAGAAAUGGCUGCAAAAUUUAUUGGACUUGGGAUGUAGCUUUGUCACGGACUGCUAGAGCAUGGGGGAAAAAAUGUUUGCGUGAGCAUAAUCCUCAUUUAGAAGAACUAAACAUGGCCCAUCCUAAAUUUAAUGGUAUUGGUGAAAAUAUGUGGAUUGGCCCCGAAAAUGAAUUUACCGCAAGUAUUGCUAUCAGAAGUUGGUAUGAAGAGAAGAAAAGGUACCAUAUUGAAAAUGACAGUUGCUCUAGUGACUGUUCUAAUUAUAAACAGCUUGUUUGGAACACAUCUUACAAAGUUGGUUGUGCUGUUACUAAGUGUGCAAGAGUUGAAAAUAUCAGAUAUGCAGCAGUUUUCAUUUGCAACUAUGCGCCAGGAGGAUCUCUGUCGAGAAGGCCUUAUACACCAGGAAUAGUUUGUUCUCAAUGUAGCAGAUAUGACAGAUGCACAGAUUUUCUAUGCAGUAAUGCAGAUCGUGACCAAGCCAUAUAUUACCGAUUUUGGUAUCCAAGAUGGGAAGUUCCCCGGCCAAUUGUGUGUGACCCACUGUGCUUAUUUAUUUUCUUUCUGAGAACACUGUGUUUUUCAGUAUGUGUCAUAACUGUUUUGAUAAUACAGUCUCGGUUUCCAAAUACAUUAUUGGAGAAAGAGAUGCUAUUUUCCCCCGAAGUAGUUGAAAUAGAGCCAGAAAAGGUAGAGGAAAAGGAAGAGGGGAUAAAGGGAGAGAAGAUGAAAAAGAAGGAGGACAAGGGAAAGGAGAAAGAGGAAGUGAAGGAAGAGGAAGAUAGAGAAAAGGAAGAGGAGGAGGAAGAGGAGGAAGAAGAAGGGGAGGAGGAGGAGGAGGAGGAGGAAGGGGAAGGGUAAGAUUUACCUCCAUGAUAGGACAAAAGUAUAAUACCAAAAAAAAAAAAAAAAAAAAAAAAGGUGAGAGAGAAAUAAAA